CGAAGGUAAUCCAAAAACUGAGAUCAAAACGUCGACGUCUGGAGUUUCGUUUCUCUCACAGAGUAGUGAAUUACUGGCAUUCUCAACCAGAACACGUAAUAUCAGCACCUUCUGUUGAUAUAUUCAAAACGAGAUUGGGCCUCUACAGUUUUACAAACUGCAAGAAUUAAUAUAGGUGGAUAGACCUCCUUUUCUUAUUACAGCUUCCAAUCGAUUGGUGACAGUCCAAGUGUUUGACACUAGGUAUUAACUCGGUGAAUUUCUAGCGAUACCAUUUUGUGUCUAUUAACCAACGUCGGAUUAGUGGGACACAUUUUUCGGAGGACGCGUUGACAUAUUCAGUUUGUCUACGUGAUGGGUUUGUCGAAGCUUAGUAUUUCAGAUGUUGACCUUAAAGGGAAACGUGUUCUUAUUCGAGUUGAUUUCAACGUCCCUAUGAAAGAUGGGAAAGUUACUAACACUCAAAGAAUAGCAGCUGCCAUACCAACUAUUAAAUAUGCUUUGGAUAAGGGGGCUAAGAGUGUCGUCCUAAUGUCCCAUUUAGGUCGGCCAGAUGGGAACAAAAUCGAUAAGUAUUCUCUAAAGCCUGUGUGCCCUGAAGUGUCAAAGUUGUUAGGCAAAGAAGUUACCUUCCUCAGUGAUUGUGUUGGACCUGACGUAGUUAAUGCGUGUGCUAACCCUGCUCCUGGAAGUGUUUUUUUGUUAGAAAAUCUACGCUUUCACGUUGAAGAGGAAGGAAAAGGUGUCUCACCGACCGGCGAAAAAACAAAAGCCACUGCUGAUCAAAUCAAGGCUUUCAGUGAAAGUCUGACAAAACUUGGUGAUGUUUACGUCAACGAUGCCUUUGGGACGGCACAUAGAGCUCAUGCUUCUAUGGUUGGCUGCCAACUGCCACAAAAAGCCUGUGGAUUUCUCAUGAAUAAAGAACUGACAUAUUUCGCCAAAGCUUUGGAAAAUCCAGAACGUCCUUUCCUAGCUAUUUUGGGAGGUGCCAAGGUUAGCGACAAGAUCCAGUUGAUCAAUAAUAUGCUUGACAAAGUUAAUGAAUUGAUCAUCGGUGGUGGGAUGGCAUAUACAUUUCUUAAGCAAAUACACAACAUACAUAUAGGAAAUAGUUUAUUUGAUGCACCGGGUGCAGAAAUCGUUCACAAAGUAAUGGAAACUGCAAAGGCUAAAAAUGUUGCAAUUCACUUACCUGUUGACUUUGUAACUGCUGAUAAAUUUGCUGACGAUGCGAACACUGAAGUAAGAACUAUACAAUCUGGAAUUGCCGAUGGUUGGAUGGUGAGUUAAACUUUUAUUCAUAACAGAAGUGAAUAACAAAUGUGUUUGUCAGUAAUUUUUUAUUAUUUUGUCUAUCAACUUUAAACAUAGACAUCUAGCCUUCCAAUUCAAUCAGAAGAAAAUUUACUUAAUAGUAAGGUAACUUUUCUUUACAAUAGCCUCCAAGUACUCUGGACGGUCGAGGAUGGGAAGAGUCCGCUAUCCUUCUCAUGGUCACCCGUAUAUAGCCGCUUCCAAGGAAGUGCUAACUGCAUUUUAACGGCGAGGUUUUUGUUUACGGAAUUGAAUGAACAGGGAGCAAAUGUUCGGCGCUUUUGUCGAGUUGGUGGAUACUGAAAAUCCACCUAGGGGAGUAGCUAGGAAACCAUGAUUACAAACUCAUGGGACAUAUUAUCUCCAGUAUACUGAGGGAAUAAAUGACGUAUAAACCUAUUGUUAGUCACGCGUUACCGCGGGACAACAUCUCCUAACGUUGCUCCACUGCCUUGUGGAUUAGACAUCUAUGUCGAGCUCGUAAAGUGGCCUCCUAGGAAAACCGAAUCCGGACAGAAUUCCAGCCCACACAAAUUGAAUGAUAACUACUUUAUGUGGCGCACAUAGAUUUUGGCACCCCUUUGUAGCAAUCCUUGUGUUUAAAUAAAUAAAAUAAGCAUCAUUUGGAGAAAUAUUGUGAAUGAAAAAGCGCUAAACAAGUAUAUCUUUAGUUUUGGAAAGAAGUAUGGAUAACUAAUGGCACUAAGGGUUCGCAAAGGAAACUCCGAGCUAUUCAAUCCGGUAAUUACUAUAUUCACUCUUUUACAUCAAGACAUUUUUAAGUAUAUAAAGAUGAUCCUUCCUUUUUCAUGUGUUCGAGUGCAUUGUAUGCAUAAAAACUCAGUUUACAAAAAUAAAGUUGUCGGUAAAGGAAUCCUCAUUAGUGAAAUCUGUUACAAUAGAUUAAAUGUUUUCACUAGGUGCAUGGUAUUUGUUUUGUUGUACGGCGUGCUUUACCCCAUAAAAAUCAAGUAAAUCACUAAAUCAAGAUUCAUAUGUUUACGUUAAGAAUACGCUUCCUAUAUUAUCUAAUGUUGAACACCUUUGGAUAACAUCUAACCGCGCUAGUUCCCUUGCACUGGAUUUUUAUUAAUUUCAUAAGGGAUUAGAUAUUGGUCCGAAAACAAUUGAAGAAUUCAGUAAGGUGAUUAGUCGUGCCAAGACUAUUGUUUGGAACGGGCCGAUGGGCGUUUUCGAAAUGGACAAGUUUGCAAGAGGAACGAAAGCAGCAAUGGAUGAAGUGGUCAAAGCUACUAAGAAUGGUGCUACAACUAUUAUUGGUGGUGGUGACACCGCAACAUGCUGCGCCAAAUGGGACACAGAAGAUAAAGUUAGUCAUGUCAGUACUGGUGGUGGUGCUAGUCUUGAACUUCUCGAAGGUAGGAAUGGCUUCAGUCCAAUUACUUGCAUUUAAUUUCUGUAUGACGGUAUGAUCGGCACGUUUAUGUUAUAUUUGACAUUGAUUUCUCUAAUCUGGAGUCCAAUCUACCAGUUAGUACUUUUCCUGCUUAGGAGAUAGACUGCCUUAAAAAUAAAUUUGGUUGUAUUAUAUAUACUGCAGCUAUGGAGUACAAGUUAUACUUAAAUUGUUUUAAUUCAAAAAUUUAUGUAUUCAAGUAAUGCAGUUUCACAGAGAAGAAUGUUUAAGCGGAACGUUUUCAUUAACUUAAGAUACAGACUUCACAACCAUGAAUCCUUAAAUAUUAUGUUAUCGUUGUGAGAGGUGGUUUAGUGCUUAAAGAUUUUGAUUUUCAACCAGUAGUUCCUAUGUUUAAGCCCCAUUCUGUUUUGGCAUUCGGGUAAUGUCACGUGCCUUAACACCAGGAGUAUUAUUAUUGUUGUGAAUACAGUAGCCGGUAUAAGUCAGGCUUAUAAGCAGUCAGUUUCGCGCACUGAAAAUAAUGGCUUUGACGUUGAUUCUGGCGUUUUAUGUCAUUGGUACAGUUGACAAGUCCUGUAUUAAUGUCUCGAAAAACUUAUAAUAAGUUGAUAUCAGCAAUCUUGAAUCCUGGGGGAUUUAGCACACAAUGUGUUGCAUGGUUAUUAUAAUCAUAGCAGUAAUGACCACAGUAAUAUAUUAAUAGAUUUAAUACUGCAUAUACUGAAUAUAAUUUUAUUGGAAACAAAUAUUCAUUUUUUUUACCAUUCACUUAGUUAGAUGUGUUUGUUUUCAUCAAAGCAACUGUAAUUUCCCACCACAUAACUGACUUCAAAAAGUCGUAAAUCAAGAUGCAUUAGAUAUCCGUUUUGUCGCAGUAUGGGGCUCCUUAGCAGUGCAUAUCUUCGAUUCCACCGGGGGCUGAACUCACGGUAUACGUUAAAUGUUUUGUCUUCUUUAUUAUAAAUAUGUUCUUGUUUUUCUGUUUCAGGUAAACAAUUACCCGGAGUUGUUGCACUUACGGAUGCUCACUAAUGUGUUUGGUCAUAAUAUCCCUUAACUUCAUAAUUAAUUAUAAUUAGUGUUCUUACCUUCGAAUUUUCACACUUGUUCUCAGUUCUAUGAUUACUUGGUAUUGUUAUACAUGUGUUCUUGAUUUGAUGGAUAUUUCUUCUGUUUCAUUUCUGUACGUGUAGAUGUAUUUCUUCCAUAUGCGCAUUUGCUACCAAUAGAAAUUUCCGGUAACUGUUUUUUUCCACAUAUGUGCGUAGCCAUUGCCCAUUAUUUCUGAAUAUGUCAGAAUAAUUAUUCACAUCUUCAAGUGGUAUAUUCAAAAGGUGUUGUUGGCAUUUGAUUGUAACAUCAUUCAUGAACGAAACUUUUGUCAUAUGUUUAGUAUCAAUAAUGCUAUUACGUUAUCUGUCAGAUUCAUCGCAAUUAUCAAAUCUCCGAUUAAAUGUUUGUAAAAAUACAGGAAAAGGCAAAGUAGAUCUUCCAAAAUGUCCAAGACAUUGAUUUCCUC